AUGCGUUUCCAUGACUUCCCAACCGCAGUCCUGGCGUUAGCCGGUACUGUCCAAUCACUGGUGAUCGAGAAGAGGGACUUGCUUUCGGAUCUCCAGAACCGGGCCCUUGAGAAUCUGAAGUUUGCAGAGAAAAACGGUACACUUGAGAGAAUAGGAGAGUGCUCUAUUUCUACCGCGACAGUUCGCAAAGACUGGGCUUUCAUGAGCGUGAACGAGCGAAAAGCAUAUAUUAGUGCUGUACAGUGCAUGUACAACGCUCCAUCCCAAUCCGAUCCGGCCCUAGUACCUGGUGCCAGGACUCGCUAUGAUGACUUUGUUGCACAACACAUCAACCAGACUACAACGAUCCACGGAACUGGUAACUUUCUAAGCUGGCACCGGUACUUUGUGUACGGUUACGAGAAGGCAUUGAGAGACGAGUGCGGAUACAAUGGCUCCCAGCCUUACUGGAACUGGUUUAGCCAUACAGACGACCUCACUAAGCACCCUGUCUUCGACGGCACUGCGACGAGCAUGGGCGGAGAUGGUUCAUAUGUAAAGCACAACGGAAGUGCGGGUGGCAAAGGCACAAUUGCGCUACCUUCCGGUGCAGGAGGUGGUUGCAUCAAGGACGGUCCAUUCAAGAAUCUUCAAAUCAAUCUUGGUCCUAUCUCUCCAUCAAUGGCCGGAGAGACUGCCUCAUCAUCGCCACUUGCCUGGAACCCACGCUGCGCAAAAAGGGAUCUUACCUCCUACGCAUCCUCUACUUGGUUAACCUUUGACAACCUCUACAACGUCACCCUUGGGGCAGCCUCCAAAAACAUCGGUCUUUUUCAAGAUGAACUUCAGGGGCGCUUUCCCGAUGGCUUUCUCGGCAUGCACGCCGCAGGUCAUUUCUCGAUUGGCGGUGAUGGCGGUGAUGUCUUCAGCAGCCCAAACGACCCUGCUUUUUUCCUACAUCACGCUAUGGUCGACCGCUUAUGGUGGCUUUGGCAGGCGCUGCACCUCAACCAAGCCAAGUCCAUUGCUGGCACGAUUACCAUCUUCAACCAGCCACCUAGCCGAGAUGCCAGGCUUGAUGACCCUAUCCAGAUGAACUACCUUAAUAUGCCGACGAUAACCAAUGAGGAGAUGAUGAGCACACUAGAUGGAGAACCGUUAUGCUACAUCUAUGCGUAG